AUGGCGAAUCAAGACAACUUGGAUCAUCGGUCUAUUGAUUCAGACUCACAAGAUCCUACUUCAAUGACCAUUGAAUUUCUUCGUGCACGUUUACUUGCUGAAAGAGCUGUUUCCAAGAGUGCUAGAGCUAAGCUUGAUGGACUUUCUGAUAAAGUAGCAGAGCUGGAGGAACAGCUCAAGAUUGUGUCUUUGCAAAGAAAGAAGGCAGAACAGGCAACAGCUGAUGUCCUUGCAAUUUUGGAAGAAAAUGGGUUUACUGAUUUCUCGGAUGCUUAUGAUUCAAGCUCUGAUCAUGAAUGCUACUCUCAGAUAAAUUCAGUGUCUGGCAAAAGUCUAUCGUGGAAAGGGCGCAGGAGAGAACCAGGUUCCUCCGAUAAGAUCAAGGAAUCCCUUAAUAGGAGACAGAGGCGUUUUGACUCUGCUUAUUUUUCCUCGUCUAGACACCGCCAAGGAAGAUCUUGUCGACAGAUCAAACGCAGUGAAUCAAGAACUGUAUCUGAAGAUUAUAAGAGAGAUGGAAAUCCAGUUGAUCUUAAAGAAAACGGGGUUUGCACUGAAGUGCUCCCUAAUACGAGUGAAGAAGCAUCCAGAACUGUUGCUGAUGUUACUGUUGUGAACAAUGUGAAGGGAGACGAAAGUUUGCAGAAGUUGUCAUAUUCAAAUGUUUUAGAGAAGAGAAACAGUAUGGACAUCAACUUAGAGAGUGCGUUACAAAAUCGUGCUCGAGUUAUUGGUUCUUUUGAAGAUAUGGAAGAGACUCAAAAGGAAUGGGAGAAAAAGUUCACAGAGAAUAAAUCCUCUGCCCUGGAUUUAUGUGACAUAGGAAACCAUUCUGAUGUGACAGACGAAUGUAACGGGGAAAAAGCCCAAGCUCAGCUUCAAGAUUCCACAGUAGUUCCCUCACUCCGUGAUACAAGGUCUUUAGGAGCCAAUGAAGUUGAAUUUAGGGGACCUUUCGAAACUUUGUCGCAUGCUUCACCUGAUCAUUCAGUAACACCACCUGAUAAGUGCUGCAAAAGUUGUUGUUCCAAAUCUGUGGAACAAGAUGCUUCUGGAGAAAAAGGAAAACAUAUUUCUGAGAGCCCUAAAAGUGAGCCUUCCCAUCCACAGAGCUUCCGUGAGCACCCUUCAUCAACUAUUCGGUCACCUCCUGUAACUCGACCAAACUCGAGAGGUGGUUCCUUUUGCAGUAAUGCCACUACUACCAUUCAGAAAGUAGAUUAUCCCUUACUUCCAGUGCCAAAGGAAAAGUCUGAUACCUGUGAUACUGUGCUCACUGCGCUAAAGCAAGCUAAGUUGUCUCUACAAGAGAAAGUCAGUAGCUUACGUAUCACAAAACCUGAGUAUCUUUCUGAGAGCUCCUAUCCUUCAACGCCAGGUUCAUAUAUGAACACAUACGCACUACCAAUAGAACCAGCAUUUGGUACCAAAUCAUCUCUCCCUGCUUCCAGCGUCGGAGCCAUGGUAGAUUUUCCUGUUGGCUGUGCUGAACUUUUCCGAGUACCUACUGAUUUUUCCCCUGAUGCGUCAAUGAGGAACAGCUUUCUACCUUCGAGCUCUCAGAAAGCUCUGGUUAGUCAUAUACCUGAGCAAGACAUUACGAUGUUACCCAAAGAUCAGCAUUUCAGCAAAACAUCCACAAAAAACCUCCUAAAUGCUGGCUUUGAUAGCCAAUUACUAGACACCAGUCCUCCUUUGUCAGUGGAUGGCCGACUUUUGACCACCCCAUAUAUUUGUGGACCAAAACUAUGGGCAGGCUUCAGGGCAGAUGGUCAACCGGUCGUGGAUACUCAAGAAUCCAGACUUUAUAAAGGCACUCCAAGUGUUAUAAGCAGUGCCAUCUCUGGUGGAACAUCUGGUUUUGAAGGUAACCAAGCAUCCACAUUUAGCUUCAACUCAGAUAGACAAGUAAGUGCAUAUACGCCCAUGACACCUAUUCAAAGCUUGUAUCCGGAUUCAGUUAUGCGCAGUAGAGAAAUGUAUUCGACUCCUUAUUACACACGCCCUAUUGGGCUGCCUCCUACUGGUGGUUCAGAUGACGGCUUAUAUAGGCAAGUAUGA